UAUACAACCCUUUAAUUACACAACUUUCUGAUUCAAAACAAGAAAAAUAUCAAGAUUUAUAAAUAAGUAAAACCAAAUAUGCAUAUAGCUCCGAAAGCCGGUGGUGGCUUUUUUGCCUUCUUUAAGACUGAACCUGGACGUAAACUAGUCUUUUACACAGCGGGCGCCACCACUAUAGGCCUAUUUGUUGGAAACUUUGUACCACACACAUUUGGACUGAAUUAUUACCGCGACUUCGUGCAAUGCUACCAACAUGGCGUAGGAAGGCCCGUGCCUGAAGUAGUGCAGCAACGCCUGGAGCAAGCGCUAGACAAACUGCAGGUGGAACCAUUUGAGCGCAAGUUCGUCAAACCCUUCACCGUGUUCGGCUUCGAUCUGUUUCAAGCUGGGACCACCAAGUUCCGAUUCGGGAGCGCUCUAGGCAUACCAGUGAACUACGGCUACGACAGUCCAGCAGAAAUCAAGCGGCCCGAUAUACGCUUUAGGGACAAGCAAAUUGAUUGGAGCUCGCCCAGCGGAAAGCUGCUGGAACAAGCUAUCGUCUUGACCGAAGAUGAGCAGGUGUUUGGCCUGAGCAAGGCCAUCCUCCAGCUGCAAACGUAUCGUGUGCUGCUCAACUCGAUAUUCCCCACCGUGAGCUUUCUCAUGGUCUACACCAUCGGACAUUAUCUGAACCUGCGCCUCAAUCUUUUUCACCGCCAUGGCAGCGUCCGCUUUGUUCUGUACUCCAUAUUGGGUCUCUUCGGCGUCGGCAGUUGGACGUUCAUGAAGGACUUUAAUCAGGUGGCUACCGAUGCGGAGAUUGACAAGAAGCUGGCCACCCUGGGGCCGCAAUUUGUGGCCGCAGGUGCCAGCUUCUAUGAUAAGCACUUGAAGAAGAACAUUGCGUUGAGGGAACUCAUUGGUGAUAACACCUACACGGCCUUGGGCAAUGAGAACUACAUGUUGCGUCAGAAAUCCAUGCCUUUGACGGCACGCAAGUCCUUCUUCCUGGAAAAGCUGCAAGAGCUGCAAAGGUCGCAAACACAGCAGUCUCCGACCGAGUCGCAAUAAACCAAUUUUUUGUUACACAUUAAA